AUGUCCUAUCCGCCACCUCCAGGUCUCAAACAGACUCCCGCCUCUCUCCCGCCUCGACCUCCUCCUUCCAGCAAUGCCUCCAAACCAUCGGGCUACAGCGCCUUCACGGCAUUCCAACCGCGCGCCGUAGCUUCUACCAAGUCGGCACAGUCCCAGCCUUAUCGCACCCACAGCCCAACCAUCUCCGCACCACCUGUCUCAUCCGCCGGGUAUGCAUCACCCUCGACAGGCUAUGGCCACUAUUAUCAACAGCCCCAGCCGCAGUCAUAUCAGGCUCAACCGCAGUCCUAUCAGGCGCAGCCUCAGUCCUACCAGAACGGACCCUUCUUCUACGGCCCGAGCGGCGUCCCGCAGAUCCAGAACCCGUUUGGAUCCACCCCGAAUCAACCUCAUGGCGCUCGGCGAGGACAGAACCCCGGCAUGGACCCGGAGACCGAAGCUCAGAUCGCACAAUGGCAGAGCGCCUAUUCCAACCCUGCCGAUGAGGUUGGCAAGCCCCAGGGCUCUAGUGCCGUGACGCCAUCCGCCGUGGGCACCCCCAUUCCCAUUUCCACGCCCCAGCCGGAGCCAACAGUCACUGUCGCCCGAUCUGGCGGUGGCCAGACAUGGACCGACCAAAGUCUGCUGGAAUGGGACCCAGCCCAUUUCCGGCUGUUUGUUGGUAAUCUCGCAGGCGAGGUCACCGAUGACUCCCUGUUGAAAGCGUUUGCGCGCUAUUCGUCGGUACAGAAGGCACGCGUGAUUCGGGAAAAGCGGACACAGAAGAGCAAGGGUUAUGGCUUUAUCAGCUUCAGUGAUGGCGACGACUACUUCAAGGCCGCUCGUGAGAUGCAGGGCAAGUACAUUGGAUCUCAUCCCAUUCUGCUACGACGCGCCAACACCGAGGUGCGCCCGGUCUCGAACAAUAAGAAUCAACGCAAGAGCAAUGCUGGCGGUGCAGGUGGCGCGGGACCGAAGGUGAAGCAAGAUGGAGUGAAGAAGCCCGGAAAAACCAAGGGCGGCUUGAAGAUUUUGGGUUAA